GAAAUCGCCCAAGUAAUAGUUUUGGCAACAUGCAUAGUUGAAAACCGAGACAGUUGGCCGGUGUAUGAUAUAUGUACAGUAUUGAAUAAGUAAUUCAUUCUGCCGUUGAAAUAUUGCUAUAUUGAUAAUCGUGAUCCCUUAAUUGUAGUUUACACUUGUUGAUUGUGCAGUGAGUAGUAUUUGUGUAGCAUUUACGUUGGUACAUUUCAAGAUGCAACUAAUGGAGGACAUGGGCUCAAUAUCAAUGUAUGAGAAGAUUCAUCGAAGAAGUGGGCAUAUAGCUGUAGUAUAUAAGGACCGGAUGAUUGUAUGGGGAGGUUAUGUGGACCAUGUACAAGCAACUUCUACAUCUCAAAUUCUCAGUGCCUACCAUUACAGUGAUGAGUUGUGGAUAUAUAACUGUUUCACAGAAAUCUGGGAAAGAAUUUUAACAAAAGGAGACAUUCCACCCAGAAAUUCAGGAUCAUGUGGUGUAUUACUUGAAGACUCCUUAUAUAUAUUUGGAGGAUUUCAUGGCGUGCGUGAACCAGGAGCGAUGGAUGGCAACAGUAACCAGCUGUUCAGGCUAGACCUCGGUACCAUGACAUGGGAAAGCCUCUAUCCAACUGGGGAUCAGCCAGCACCCUGCGAUAAGCUCGCUGGCUGGGUGUACAAUGGCAAGCUUUACUUCUUUGGUGGUUUUGGUCCACAACCAGAAUUUGGUGUCCCAUUUCAGCAUGUAAUUGAUCCUAUCACAGAGUUAGCAGGUUUUCCCCGAGGCUGGAACAAUCAACUGGUAGUGUACAACCCUGUCACUAAUAGCUGGGAGUGGCCAAGAGUGCGAGGACCCACUCCUUCACCUCGAGCAGCCCAUGCAGCUGACAUAUCAGGCCACAAGGCUUUUGUGUUCGGUGGUCGAAUUGGUAACACACGGAACAAUGAUCUACACUGCCUUGACCUGGACAAGAUGCGGUGGAGUGGCAACUUGACUCGGCCAUAUGACCUGAAUCCUGAAGGCAGAUCAUGGCACAGCUUUACAUUUAUAACCGACACACGAGCCAUUGUGUAUGGAGGUCUCAAUCAGUACAAUACUGUUCUAAGUGAUUGCUGGCUCCUGGAUCUCAUGUCCACAACUCACUGGUGUAGAUUCUGGUGUCAGCAUUCCAAGCCUCGACUUUGGCACAAAGCACAGUAUGUUGCUACCUGCGGGGAGCUCCUUAUUAUUGGUGGACACAGAGCAAACAUCCUUGAUCCUACUGGACGCAAAGAUCAUGCGGAGGAGCUCCUAGUCAUAAACUUCACUCCCAAAUCUUUACUCAGGUUGUGCCUUGAUGCUGUGAUCUCGUAUGAGGAGCAGCUCAAGUCUGAGUGGUCGUCACUACCCAAGAACCUGCAGAGGAUACUUCAGGAACGGCUGAAGCAGUAGUCACUGCUUUCCUUAUCUUAUGCUUUUGGAUGCCAAAUGUUGUCCUGUACAAAAAUGGCUGCCAACCAGUCGUAUGGUGCCAAUCAAGGCUCAUAACUGCGUUGAGUUCCCCUGCUCAGACAUGUUGGUUGAUCACAAAUUAAUAUUUUAUACAUACUUGAUAUUGUGCUAUUUAAUUAUGUAUAUACAUGAAGUAUGUUUUCCAUAGGAGAUGAACAUGUCUGGCUAUUGUGCUUCUUAAUGUAAAGGAAUUAAGGUACAAUAUAACAGAUUAUUAGAUUGCA